AUUCUUGCCGAGACCCAUAGGGCAUCUCAUUUCAGUUUCCUUCGCAUCUCAUUUCAGUUAAAAACCUAAAACUACAUUUGCAUUUGCGAGAGAGAGCCAGCAGUCAACGGAAUCCAUGGCUCGCCACGCAACCAAACUGCUCGCCGACCUGUCGCGUCGCCUACAGCUGCACCACCAACGCCGUGCUUUUGGAUCUCCGCCGCCACCGCCGGCCGUUUUCGUCGAUAAGAACACCCGCGUCAUUUGCCAAGGAAUCACCGGGAAGAAUGGCACCUUCCACACAGAGCAGGCGAUCGAAUACGGUACAAAAAUGGUUGGUGGAGUUACCCCACGAAAAGGUGGAACAGAACACCUGGGGCUUCCAGUUUUUAACUCUGUAGCAGAGGCAAAAGCUGAAACCAAAGCAAAUGCUUCAGCAAUUUAUGUUCCUCCACCUUUUGCAGCUAAAGCCAUCAUGGAAGCAGUGGAGGCUGAACUAGAUUUGGUUGUCUGCAUUACGGAGGGAAUACCACAACAUGACAUGGUUCGUGUGAAGGCUGCUCUUAACAAACAGUCAAAAACUCGGCUUAUUGGUCCGAAUUGUCCUGGCAUUAUCAAGCCUGGGGAAUGUAAAAUUGGAAUUAUGCCUGGAUACAUUCACAAACCUGGACGUAUCGGAAUCGUUUCUCGAUCUGGAACAUUAACUUAUGAAGCGGUCUUCCAAACAACUGCUGUUGGCCUUGGGCAGUCGACAUGUGUAGGAAUUGGUGGGGAUCCUUUCAACGGAACAAAUUUUGUUGAUUGCAUGGAAAGGUUUCUUGUGGAUCCACAGACGGAAGGUAUUGUUCUUAUUGGUGAGAUAGGUGGCACAGCAGAGGAGGACGCUGCAGCCCUUAUCAAGGAAAGUGGGACAGACAAACCUAUUGUUGCUUUUAUUGCUGGACUUACUGCCCCACCAGGUAGAAGAAUGGGCCAUGCAGGAGCUAUUGUAUCGGGUGGAAAGGGUACUGCACAAGACAAAAUCAAGACCCUCAGAGAAGCUGGGGUGACUGUGGUCGAAUCUCCUGCCAAGAUUGGCACUGCGAUGCUCGAAGUCUUCAAACAGAGGGGCCUAGUUUGAAGCUGAUCACCACUCAAGAUUUGGUCAGUAAUUUCUCCCCUCCCUAAUUUUCUUGGGUAGGCAAACAGAGUUAGUGUUCUCGAUUCAUCGGAUCGGAUCCGUCAUGGCUUUGCAAUAACGAAGACAUGAAUUUUUGUUAUUUGUGCAAGAGAUGGUGUUUGUGUUGGAAUCUGCCAUAAAAUUCUAUUGCAGGUUCGGCUCAUAGGGUGGCUUCUUGUUUUUCGAUUGAAGGAAAGUUGUGUGUGACGACAAUAUUAUUAUUAUUAUUAUUAUUAUUAUUAUUAUUUUGGCUUCAUUUCUAUGAUACCCGUGCUUAAAAUAAUGUAUAAUGAGAUAUUUUGUGGGAGAAGAAAAUGUAUUUUUUUCCGAUAAA